CAAGAAGUUCGUUCCUUCAGUGGCAAUUUCCGACAUAAUCAAUCGUCCUCGUGGUCUACUAUUUUCCUCAUCGUCCGGACUGAAUAUCUGCGCAUGGUAACGUCCUUUCCCAGCACAGCCUUUCGUCCCAUAUUAAUUCGUCAGAAAUAUAUUGUCUGGAACUGAAUGAAUCGUGGUGCAAGAUAAAAUGUAAAACUGAGUUAAAAAAAGUGUUGUACCUUCGUAAUCUUUUUCUCACUGACUGAUGUAAGGAAGCAAAAGCAAAACGCAUAAAAUCCAUAGAGGUCGUCGUUUUUGUGGUCUUCCGCGUCGUGUUUGUACUCUGAUGUGGAAUUGUUCAUUUAGCCUUUCAAUCUUUUUCGCAUGUCCAGUUCCCAAUUGUUUACAACCCUCCCGGGUCGAGAUUUGCUUUAGAGCAAGAAGAAAAUUAUCGUCCAACGACAUUAAGAAAGUGGGCAUCUGUCCUUCUCUUUUCAACAACAUCCACCGUCUUAGACGAGUAAGAAAGGCAAGUGCUUUGAAAAAAGCGGGUGCGCCAACACCGCAAAAUGCUGAAAAAAGUCGCCGUCGUCGCUGCCGCUGGCCCCCUGGGGGGGGGGGUCGUUGCGGCAGCGACGAAGAAGGACCACACCACGACCACGCACUCUUGGGAAGGAAGCGAAACACUGCCGGCGGGCUUCAUGGAGCACGAACGUCUAGCCAGUCAGGCCCUGGCCCAAUGCAUCGGAAUGAAAACGCGAUCGGCAGCCGAAUUUAAGGCGGAGUUUUGCGAGAACGACAAGACCGAGUGGACUGCGGACAAAUUCACUUUCACGGAUCAUUGCAACGACUGGGCGGACCUCUGCUCCUCGAAUUGUACUAAUGGAAUGGCUACCUGCCCGCAGGAUUUUGACAACCAGCAGAGGGACUGCUGCAACCCUGGUCGCCCGCGAUCAACUCUCGUGGAACAGGUCAAGUCCAACGUGGAACAAGUCAAGGAAUCCAUGGGUUUCAAUUCCAACACCCUGAACUUCUAG